AUGCAGGACCCUGGAGCUCUGGGCAAGUGUGGCCAGAUGAGGGGCCCUUGUUGCUGUGUUCUGCCUCAGGUUCUUGGGGUCAUCCCCCAGGAAGACAGGGGUGUCAUCAUGCCCAUGGACCAGAAGGAUGAGUUCAGCAAGCUUCAGGUAGACCAUCAGGAGCCAAGACAGGCCCACAACCUGCAGGAUGAGGCUUUCUUACAGCUGCCCUGGGCUGAGGAUGAAGAGGAGGUCACUUCCACCUCCUCCUCCUCUUCCACUGCCUCCUUUUCCUCCCCUGUCCUGUUCCAGGACUUCUCAGAGGAGGAGGCCGCUGCCUGGACUCUUAGUGCUCCCCAAAGCUCUCCCAGUGCCUACCCUAGGGCUCUGGCUGACACGCUAUGGAGCCAAUCCCAGGAGAACACCAGGAACCUGGGUGACGACGGGCCAGGCAUCUCGCAGGAGCUAGCAAGAGCCUGGGCCUCCUAUGAGGAAGAACUGCAUGAGAAAAUGGCUGACCUAGUAUGGUUCUUGCUGCUAAAAUACCGUACCAAAGAGCCAACCAGCAAGGCUGAGAUGCUGAUAGAAGUGCUCAGGAAUGACUACGAGCACUUCCCGGUGAUAUUUAGCCAUGCUUGCGAGUGUGUGCAACUGGUCUUUGGCCUUGAUGUGCAGGAGGCUGACCCCGGCAGCCAUUCGUAUGAACUGUCCAUCACCCUGGGCCUCACGUACGAUGGGCUGCUGAGCCCCGAGCAGACCAUGCCCAAGACAGGCCUGCUGGUCAUCGUCCUGGGCGUGAUCCUCCUCGAGGGGUACUGCACAUCUGAGGAGCACAUGUGGGAGACUCUUGGGGUGAUGGGAGUGUGCGCCGGCAGUGAGCACUUCAUAUACGGGGAGCCUCGCGAGCUCCUCACUGAAGAGUGGGUGCAGGAGCAAUAUCUUGAAUACCGGCAGGUUCCCCACUCUUAUCCCGCCCGCUACGUCUUUAUGUGGGGCCCCCGGGCUCAUGCUGAGACAAGCAUGAUGGAGGUCUUAGAGCGCUUCCUCAAGAUAAAUAGCUUGGAUUCCCGUUGCUUCCUCGCUUUUUCAGAAGAGGGUAUGGGCCAAGAGGAAAACGAACCCUGA